GCCAAAAUGGCGACACCUAGGAUCUAGAACUAGAUUGUCCGCUUGAUUUCUCCAACCUCAAGGCUGACUGCUACCGGCCCGGUCUCCUCAGAGUGAAAUCAUGAAGGUGGUGAACCUGAAGCAAGCCAUUUUGCAAGCUUGGAAGGAGCGAUGGAGUGACUACCAGUGGGCAGUCAACAUGAAGAAAUUCUUUCCCAAAGGAGCCACCUGGGACAUUCUCAACCUAGCAGAAGCACUACUGGAGCAGGCCAUGAUUGGACCUUCCCCCAAUCCUCUCAUCCUGUCUUACCUGAAGUAUGCCAUUAGUUCCCAGAUGGUGUCCUACUCCUCCGUACUCACAGCUAUCAGCAAGUUCGAUGACUUUUCCCGGGACCUGUGUGUCCAGGCUUUGCUGGAUAUCAUGGACAUGUUUUGUGACCGACUGAGCUGUCACGGCAAAGCGGAGGAGUGCAUCGGGCUGUGCCGGGCCCUGCUCAGCGCCCUCCACUGGCUGCUGCGCUGUACUGCAGCCUCUGCAGAGCGGCUCCGGGAGGGGCUAGAGGCCGGCACCCCAGCGGCCGGAGAGAAGCAGCUUGCUAUGUGCCUGCAACGCCUGGAGAAGACUCUCAGUAGCACCAAGAACCGGGCCCUGCUCCAUAUCGCCAAACUGGAGGAGGCCUCCUCCUGGACAGCCAUCGAGCAUUGUCUCUUGAAGCUUGGAGAGAUCCUGGCCAAUCUCAGCAACCCCCAGCUCCGGAGCCAGGCUGAGCAGUGUGGCACGCUCAUUAGGAGCAUCCCCACCAUGCUGUCGGUGCACUCUGAGCAGCUGCACAAGACUGGCUUCCCCACAGUCCACGCAGUGGUCCUGCUCGAGGGCACCAUGAACUUGACCGGCGAGACGCAGCCCCUGGUGGAGCAGCUGAUGAUGGUGAAGCGCAUGCAGCAUAUCCCCACCCCGCUCUUUGUUCUGGAGAUCUGGAAAGCCUGCUUCGUGGGGCUCAUUGAGUCUCCUGAGGGCACAGGGGAGCUGAAGUGGACAGCUUUCACCUUCCUCAAGAUUCCACAGGUUUUGGUGAAGUUGAAGAAAUACUCCCAUGGGGACAAGGACUUUACUGAGGAUGUCAAUACAGCUUUCGAGUUCCUGCUGAAGCUCACACCAUUGCUGGACAAAGCCGACCAGCGCUGCAACUGUGACUGUACAAAUUUCCUACUGCAAGAAUGUAGCAAGCAGGGGCUUCUGUCUGAGGCCAGUAUGAACAACCUCAUGGCCAAGCGCAAAGCAGAUCGGGAGCACGCCCCUCAGCUGAAGUCAGAUGAAAAUGCCAACAUCCAGCCCAACCCUGGGCUGAUCCUCCGUGCGGAGCCCACAGUCACCAACAUCCUGAAAACGAUGGAUGCAGACCAUUCCAAGUCCCCGGAGGGGCUGCUGGGCGUCCUGGGCCACAUGCUGUCCGGGAAGAGCCUGGACUUGCUGCUGGCUGCUGCCGCUGCCACUGGGAAGCUGAAGUCUUUCGCCCGGAAAUUCAUCAAUUUGAACGAAUUCACGACACACCGCAGCGAAGAGAGCACUAAGGCGGCCUCGGUUCGAGCCUUGCUCUUUGACAUCUCCUUCCUCAUGCUGUGCCACGUGGCCCAGACCUAUGGCUCAGAGGUGAUCCUGUCUGAGUCGAACACAGGAGGGGAGGUGUUCUUCUUUGAGACCUGGAUGCAGACAUGCAUGCCCGAGGAGGGCAAAAUCCUGAACCCCGAUCACCCUUGCUUCCGGCCCGACUCCACCAAAGUGGAGUCCCUGGUGGCUCUGCUCAACAACUCCUCGGAGAUAAAGCUCGUGCAGAUGAAGUGGCACGAAGCCUGUCUCAACAUUUCAGCGGCCAUCCUGGAAAUCCUCAAUGCCUGGGAGAAUGGGGUGCUAGCCUUCGAGUCCAUCCAGAAAAUCACGGACAAUAUCAAGGGGAAGGUAUGCAGCCUGGCAGUGUGCGCUGUGGCUUGGCUCGUGGCGCACGUGCGGAUGCUGGGACUGGACGAGCGUGAGAAGUCGCUGCAGAUGAUCCGCCAGCUGGCAGGGCCGCUGUACAGCGAGAACACCCUGCAGUUCUACAAUGAGAGGGUGGUGAUCAUGAGCUCCAUCCUGGAGCACAUGUGUGCGGACGUGCUGCAGCAAACCGCCACGCAGAUUAAGUUUCCCUCCACGGGCAUGGACACCAUGCCCUACUGGAACCUGCUGCCCCCCAAGCGGCCCAUCAAGGAGGUGCUGACGGACAUAUUUGCUAAGGUGCUGGAGAAGGGAUGGGUGGACAGCCGCUCCAUCCACAUCUUUGACACCCUGCUGCACAUGGGUGGUGUCUACUGGUUCUGCAACAACCUAAUUAAGGAGCUGUUGAAGGAGACACGGAAGGAGUACACACUGCGGGCGGUGGAGCUGCUGUACUCCAUCUUCUGUCUGGACAUGCAGCAGGUGACCCUAGUCCUGCUGGGCCACAUCCUGCCAGGCCUGCUCACUGACUCCUCCAAGUGGCACAGCCUCAUGGACCCCCCUGGCACCGCUCUCGCCAAGCUGGCCGUCUGGUGUGCCCUGAGUUCCUACUCCUCCCACAAGGGACAGGCAUCCUCCCGCCAAAAGAAGAGACAUCGGGAAGACAUUGAGGAUUACAUCAGCCUCUUCCCCUUGGACGACAUGCAGCCCUCGAAGCUGAUGCGCCUGCUGAGCUCCAAUGAGGAAGAUGCAAAUAUCCUUUCGAGUCCCACUGACCGGUCCAUGAGCAGCUCCCUGUCGGCCUCCCAGCUCCACACAGUCAACAUGAGAGAUCCACUGAACCGAGUCCUGGCCAACCUGUUCCUGCUCAUUUCCUCCAUCCUGGGCUCUCGGACCGCCGGCCCCCACACGCAGUUCGUGCAGUGGUUUAUGGAAGAGUGCGUGGACUGCCUGGAGCAGGGUGGCCGAGGCAGCAUCCUGCAGUUCAUGCCCUUCACCACCGUAUCAGAACUGGUGAAGGUGUCGGCCAUGUCCAGCCCCAAGGUGGUUCUGGCCAUCACGGACCUCAGCCUGCCCCUGGGCCGCCAGGUGGCCGCCAAAGCCAUCGCCGCCCUCUGAGGGGCUUGGCGUGGCCACGGGGGCUGGCGGGAGCAUUCCAGCCCUGUGCGCCUCAGAAGGGAACAUGCAGAACGAUGAGCCAUCAUUGCUCACGUCCACAUGACGUAACCUCCCCUGGUCGGUUUCCAGAUCUUUCCCCCUGCUCCUGACUUCUGACCUCCAACACGGCUCCCAGUUUCUUUCAUAAUUUCCUCUCCCCACUGUCAGUACCUCAUGUGCGUGAGCAGCCUGCUUCCUUAACUCAGAGCAGGCUCUUCAACACCCCCGCCUCACCCCCACCCGCCUGCUUGUCCCCCUUCCAAGAGUGGAUUUACCUCCAAGGAACUUUAUGGGUGCGGGGGGUGUGUGUGUGUGUGUGUAUAUAUAUAUAUGUAUAUAUAUAUUUUUACAUGAGAUGUGUUUGCCUCCUCUCAGUUGUAAAUAAAGACCU